AUGGUUUAUUAUUCAGAUAGUAUUGGUUUAGAUAAAACCGAUAUUAAUAAAUGGAGAUUAAAAACUGAUUCUAUUGGUAGAGAAACUUGGCAUUAUGAUGAUGAAGAAGAAAAAGAAGAAGGAGAACAAUCUACUUUUGUAAAAUGGUUAUUAAAUUCACCAGAUUUCCCAACUCCAAAACCAACGGAAAUUAAAACACCUGGCGAAUCUUUAGAAAAAGGAGCUGAUUUCCUAAAAUUACUUCAAUUAGAUAAUGGUAUUUUUCCAUGUCAAUAUAAAGGUCCAAUGUUUAUGACUAUUGGUUAUGUUGCUGCUCAUUAUUAUUCAAAGCAAGAAAUUCCGCAACCUUUUAGAAUUGAAAUGAUUAGAUAUAUUGUAAACACUGCACAUCCUGUUGAUGGUGGUUGGGGUUUACAUUCAGUUGAUAAAUCAACUUGUUUUGGUACUACUAUGAAUUAUGUUUGUUUAAGAUUAUUAGGAAUGUCGAAAGAUCAUCUAGUUUUAAAAAAAGCUAGAAAAACUUUACAUCGUUUAGGUGGAGCUAUUAAAAAUCCUCAUUGGGGUAAAGCUUGGUUAGCUAUUUUAAAUUUAUAUGAAUGGGAAGGUGUAAAUCCAGCUCCACCUGAAUUAUGGACUUUACCUUAUGAUUUACCUAUUCAUCCUGGUAGAUGGUGGGUUCAUACAAGAGCUAUUUACUUACCGUUAGGUUAUGUGCUGGCUAAUCAAGUUAAAUGUGAAUUAGAUCCUUUAUUAGAAGAAAUUAGAUCUGAAAUAUAUCUUGAAAGUCAAUUAUACGAAACAAUUAAUUUUUCAAAACAUAGAAAUGAUGUUUGUGGAGUAGAUUUAUAUUAUCCACAUACAAAAGUUUUAGAUUUUGCUAAUGGUGUUUUAAGUGUUUGGGAAAAAUCAAGACCAAGCUUUAUAUUAAACUUAUUAAAUCGAAAAGUUGUUGAACAAAUUGAAAAAGAAUUACAAAAUACAGAAUAUUUAUGUAUUGCACCAGUUAGUUUUGCAUUUAACAUGGUUGUUAUUAAUCAUGCUCAAGGUGGCGAAUCUGAAAACUUUAAAAAGAUGAUGGAUAGAGCUAAUGAUGUUGUAUUCCAUGGUCCUCAAGGUAUGACAGUUAUGGGUACAAAUGGUGUUCAAGUUUGGGAUGCUGCUUUUGCAGUUCAAUAUUUCUUCAUGGCUGGAUUAGUUGAUGAUGAAAAAUAUCAUGAUUUAAUUAGAAAAAGUUAUUUAUUUUUAGUUAGAUCUCAAUUUACAGAAGAUUGUGUUGAAGGUAGUUUUAGAGAUAAAAGAAAAGGUGCAUGGCCAUUUAGUACCAAAUCUCAAGGUUAUACGGUUAGUGAUUGUACUUCAGAAGCAUUAAAGGCUAUAAUUAUGGUUCAAAAUCAUCCAGCUUUUCAAGAUAUUAGAGAUAAAAUUAAAGAUGAAAAUUUAUAUCAAGCUAUUGAAUGUUUGAUACCUAUUCAAAAUGAUGAAGGUGCUUUUUCAUCAUAUGAGAAAAGAAGAUCCACUCCAUUGUUAGAAAAAUUAAAUCCAGCUGAGGUGUUUAAUAAUAUUAUGGUGGAAUAUCCAUAUGUUGAAUGUACGGACUCAUCAGUUUUAGGAUUAACGUACUUUCACAAAUAUUAUCCAGAUUAUAAACCUGAUUUAAUUAAAAGUGUCAUAGAUAAUGCUAUAGAUUAUAUUAUCAAAGAUCAAGGUGAAGAUGGUUCAUGGUAUGGAUGUUGGGGUAUUUGUUAUACUUAUGCAUCUAUGUUUGCAUUAGAAGCUUUAAAUUCGGUUGGAUUAAAUUAUGAAAAUUCAUCUUGUGUUAAAAAAGGUUGUGAUUUCUUAGUUUCAAAACAGUUAUCAGAUGGUGGUUGGUCAGAAUCUAUGAAAUCUUGUGAAACACAUACGUAUGUAAAUGGUAAAACAACGUUAGUUGUUCAGUCUGCCUGGGCAGUAAUUGGAUUAAUAUUGGCUGAUUAUCCUGAUGUUGAAGUAAUCAAAAGAGGUAUUAAAUUCUUGAUGAAUAGACAAUUACCUACUGGUGAAUGGAAAUUCGAAGAUAUAGAAGGUGUUUUCAAUCAUAGCUGUGCUAUUGAAUAUCCUUCAUAUAGAUUUUUAUUCCCGAUUAAAGCAUUAGGUUUAUAUAGACAAAAAUAUGGUGAUUAUAUAUAA